AUGACUGCAUUAUCAAAAGAAGAUACAAUACAUGAAAGUGAUCAGGAGUCUGAUUCUGGACCAAUCGGAAAUGGUUUUACAUCUAGUGAUGAAUUCUCCCCGGCACAUGUACCAAAUCACCUCAAUGGUGGUCAUUAUCUAGUCACUAAUGGUAACCAAAACUCUGAGUCACAUGUUACCAAGAGCCAAUCAAAACCUUCUGUGAUACCACGAACUUCAGCAAAACAUCAUACCCCAGUGAAACGACACCACUCUGAUGGUGAUAUGUUAGCAGUUGACCCCCCACCACCAAACCGUGUUCGACCCCCAGAACCAGAGUCCCGAUUGAGCCAGCGCCCCAAAUCUGAGGGACAUGUAUAUAGUCGCCAUAUGUUAUGUAAACGGGCUUCUAGUUAUGGGGGUAAUUCACCAUUUGGUCGAGCUGAUUCCUAUCAUAAAUUAGAGCAGUUGGGCGAGGGUUCGUAUGCUACAGUGUUUAAAGGUUUAAGUAG